CUGAAAACCUUUGACCUCAAAGGAGCUGACUUGUCCGCUUCUGUUUUUACGCGUCAUGACAGCAUCAGGCUCCGCCCUCCUGUGUACCCAAACAUCAGCAGCACGCCGAAGCCGCCUGCCCUUCCACUGCCCCCAAGCCAUCUGAGCGUCGAGGCGCUCUUCGACCACACACAGCCCGAUUCCAGCUCUGCAAGCAGCAUGAUCCCAUCUCGCAGCCCAACGCACGACUACCACCAUCCACACACCACACAGGAGGCCUCCUACCAGCGGAUUGGCUCAGGCUUGCCGCAUCAGGUGCCGAAUGCGACCCCUCCGUCACUCAUGCGGCCGGCUGCUCAGAGGGCGGCCACGACGCAGAUGGCGGGGGGCCCGCCGCGAUUUGGGCGGGAGAACACGAGGGGGAAGGAGGGGAAGAAAGAGGCUGACAACAAAAAGCCGACGGGGAAGCAAACAGGGCCUCCGACGCCGCCCAGCAAGCCGUGAGACAGAGGGAAAUGUAGGCACAUACAUGCACUCACUCGUGUGGUGCUCUUGUCUCCCUUUCACCUACCUUGAUUGCAGUCGUGACGUGACCCCCCCACGUCAGCAUCCGUCCGCCGCCCCUCCGGCAGGCACCCCCAUCCCAUCCUUUGCCAACAACAGCGCCAAGCCACCAGCUGGCAAUACUCAUGCCAAGGCGUCGAGACCGGCAAAGCACUUCCUCCCCGACCCCCUCCAGUCGCCAGUUGACGAGGGAGACGACAUUGAUCUGCCUGUGGCUGGGCUGCCAUCGCCGAAGACCACCAGACAGCGGCUGACGAACCUCAUCAACGACAUGGAAAGCCUCAAGAAAAACGCUAGAAUGGUGGCAGGGAGAGAGGAGGGGUGCAAAGGUGGAGGGUGGACAUGCAUGGGUAUAUGUGUGUGGGUGUGUGGGGUGGUCAGGCGAUUGAGCGAUUUGCGUCCGGGAAGAAGAUGCGUGUGGACGCCUUACCUGCCGAUCACCAGCUGUCGUAUGACGACAUAUACGACAUGGUCAUGUGGCUGCUCGAGAAGAACGAAAUCGGUCUUCCCGUGCCUAUGAAAGGUGACUGACUGGACACACACACACACACACAUCCAUUCAUCUCCGGGUGUAUCGUUGGUGCACACACUUAUAGAUGCGAUUGAGCGUGUGUGUUGGAAGUAUGAUGUGGAUGCGCGGCGGGAGGCGCCGCUGGAGGCCUUCCAGGACAUCUGGCGGUUCACCCUCUGCCACAUCAGAGACACACACUUCCCACUCAAAAUGAAGUCAGCGGACAUUUCUUCCAACCUCUCACUAUGUCAAUGAAUGCUGUAUGUCUGUGUGUCUGUCUCUUUGCCCCUCCCUCCCUCUCUGUUUGUGCGCGUGAAGGUUCAAGCGUGAGGUGUUUGUGGGGCAGGCUAAGUACGGCAACCUUGAGCAGGUCUACAAAAGGGAAGAGAAACUCGGACAAGGACAGGUGAGCCAACUCACCCAACAAAGAGAGAGGAGAAAGAAAGGCCGCACCCACCGCCCCUUCCCUCGCAUGUGUGUGCCUGUAGUUCGGUCUGGUGUUCAAAGUCCGGGACCGCGUCAGCGGCCACCUUCGUUGCUGCAAGUCGAUCGCCAAGUCGAGGGUGCUGCCCUCGGUGUCCGUCGAGCAGGUGGCCACGGAGAUCACCAUCCUGCGGCAGCUCGACCACCCCAACAUCGUGCGCCUCAACGAGUGCUUCGAGGACCAGAACCACCUGUACCUCAUUUUCGAGCUGAUUGAGGGAUACGACCUUCUGCAAGUGAGUGUGGUGCAUUCUUCCCGUUUCUCUCUUCCUUCUGAUGCCCCUUUUGGUCUACAGGUGCUGCUGAAGAUGUCCCGGGAGGGCAAGUCGUUUUCGGAGCGGAAGGCGCGCCGCCUGAUGCGGUCCGUCAUGAGCGCUCUCGCCCACUGCCACUCGAGACGUGUGAUGCACAAGGACCUCGCACCCAACAAUAUCAUGAUACUCAAAGACACCAACAGCAACAGCAGCGGCGGAGACACCAGCAGCAGCAGCAGCAGCAGUGAGGGCAAGGAGAAGGGCGAAGAGCGGUCAUCUGGGAAGGGCAAGAAGGACGAGAAGAGGGGGCUGCCGACGCUCGAGCAGCUCAAGGACUUCAAGGAAAGUGAGUGCAUUAGUGGGUGGGAGGAGUGUAUGGCUUGGAAGGGGCCUUUUCUCUGUGUGUCGUGUGACCGCUCCGUUCCUGUGCAGGCAACAUCAAGGUGAUAGAUUUUGGCCUUUCUGAGAUGUUCAUCCCCGGCCAAAUGUCUACCAUGGAGGCUGGCACGCCUUACUACAUGGCGCCAGAGGUCCCACACCUUCCCACUCCACAGACAGAGACACCACACGCACACACAUGUCCGUCUCUCCAUCUGUCCGUCAGGUGUUCCGUCGUCACUUCAACUACAAGUGCGACGUCUGGAGUGGGGGCAUCCUCCUCUACCUCCUCCUCACCGGCCACCUGCCCUUCGACGCCCCCUCAAAGGAGGAGUUCAUCCGCCUCGUCGCAUCCUCAGCGCCCCCCUUCCCCGACUCCCUCUUCGGCCACAUCUCCGACCAGGCCGUCCAGCUGCUGUCCUCCAUGCUCGACAAGGACGUCAACAGGCGGCCAACCGCCUCACAGGUGCUGUCUCACCCUUGGUUUGCGCUGAGCGGGACGUCGCAGGACCCGGUGCUGCAGCAUGAGGGGCGGCGGAUGAGCAGGGUGGGGGUUGGAACGGACGAGCGGUCGAGCUCGCUGAUGCUCUACUCGGGCAACCCUCUGAGACACGUCACGCAGAGAGGAUCCGCGUUUGUCAGAUUCGCUGAGGUCGGCAAGCCCCCAUUGAAUUCCCUGUGUCCCUGCUCACAAUACAUAUGUCUCCCUCUCUCAGGCGUCAGCAUUGAAGCGCAUCUGCCUCAAUCUCGUAGCGAUGCACCUGGGUUUCGACGCCGUCAACCGCGCCCCACAGGUGUUCACGGCCCUCGACACCGACCACGACGGCCUCCUCUCGUCAGCGGAGUUCGGCAAGGGCCUGCGGUCGAUCGGCGUGCCCGACGACAUGAUAUCCAAGAUAGUGGAGGCGGUCGACCACGAGGGCCGCGGCCACGUGGGCUACACAGGAUUCAUCGCCGCGCUGCUGAGCGUGGGAGACGAGGAGGUCGAACGCAACAUGUGGAACGCAUUCAGACAGGUCAGUGAGACACCAUGACAUACACAGGGGAGGGAGAGACACGUGUUUCCCGUCUGUGUGUGUGUCAGUUUGAUGUCGACAACGAUGGCGUGAUCAGCCGGACUGACCUGCAGACGCUAAUGAGACGGGGCGGCCUCAAUCUGGAGGGCAUCGCGGCGCCCGGCGGCCGACGGGCGUCUGUCAAUGCCGACCAGAUCCUGAACGAGCUCGACACUGACAAGGACGGCAAAAUCACGUUUGAGGAUUUCUGUGCCUUCCUGAGAACAUGAUCGAUCACAUGGAUGUCUGCUCGCUUCAUGUGUUUGUGGAUAGGGAGGUGGCUGCAUGGAUGGAUGGACGUAUGCG